AAACUCCCAGUUGGAUGGAUCCCAUCAAAACUUACCUAUGAGAUGGAACUCUCCCAAUAGACAAACAAGAGGAGAUAAAGCUGCAGAGAAAGGCAUCCCAGUACACUCUGGUUGAUGAUGUCUUAUAUAAGAGGUCAUACUCAUUACCUUUCCUCCGAUGCUUGAUGCCAUAUGAAGUUGAAUAUGCAUUGAGAGAAGUGCACGAAGGGGUAUGUGGAAGCCAUGUGGGAGCUCGGACUUUGGCCUAUAAGGUACUUCGACAGAGAUACGGGAUACCAAACCAGAUCAUUGCUGAUAAUGGUCUUCAAUUCAAUUGCAACUCCUUUAAAGACUUCUGCUCCAAUUACGGGAUUAAGCUAGUGUUCACUUCAGUUUACCAUCCCAAGGCCAAUGGAAUGGUUGAAUCAGUUAACAAAGCCAUCUUGGAAGGAAUCAACCCGAGCUUAAGGGUUAGCCAUUUUGAUCUAGCUCAAAAUGAGCAACUACUUAGAGAAAACCUUGAUUUCUUAGACGAAGUUCGCGAGCAAUGUCGACUUCGAAUGCUUGCAUACAAGCAGAAGGUAGCUAGCUUUUACAAUAAGCGGGUUCGACCUCGAAGCUUCAGAAUCGGUGACCUAGUUCUCAGAAAGGCCAGGUUCCUAGGGUUCGAGACCCACUUCAGCAAGCUGGCACCGAACUGGGAAGGCCCAUAUCCUGUGAUCAAAAUCCCACACCUUGGUACCUACAUUCUCCAAGAUUCUGAGGGCAAGAGAGUGCCCAAAGUCUGGAAUGUUAACAACCUCAAGAAAUUCUACCCUUGAAAGUUUCCCGUUUCACUACUUGUAUUAUACAUCCUUCGUUUGUAACAUUUGAUGUUCUAAUAAAGUUAAAGGCAAAGU